AUGCAUCUCACAACCACCCUCACAACCCUCCUCCUCACCACCCUCACCCUCGCCCUCCCAACAACCACCCCCACCACCCACAACCACAAAAAGAAAGAACCCGCCGCCGCCGCCGCAGCCGCAACCUGCGCCCACAUCCACCCGCUCUCCACGCCGCGCCUCAACCUUCUCAACCGGCCCGACCUCGGCCUCCUGAGCACGCAAACCCUAACCUUCGACCUCCCAACCACCACCCCCAACAGCACCACCCUCCCGGGUCCCUGCACGCUCCGCGCCGUCUUCCCCCCGCACUGGACCAUCACCGACAGCAGCGUGCAGGCGGGCGGGCCGCCGCUGGCGGUGGACGUGUACGCGGUGGACGGGCCGGCGGCGGGGGCGUUAGUGGGCACGGCGAGGGGACCGUGUUACACCCUCUGA